AUGUCCCAGUUCCAGCCCCCGUCGCCGGUGUUCAUGCGGGGCAUGGCGGCCCGCAACGCCGACUCGUCCACGGGCAGCCGCACGCCGCCCGUCUCGCGCCGGCGCCGCGACCGCGCAGGCCUCAUGAAGCUCAAGAAGAGCAGCGAGGACGGCAACAAGAAGUCGCUGCUCGAGGCCAUCUUCCCCUCCAAGCGCGGCAAGAGCCCCAGCAACGCCAACGCCAACGCCAACGCCAACGCGCCUCCGUCCAAUCGCAAGCCGAACCCGGCGGCCGUGGCGCGCGGCGUGGAGAUUCUGCACUCGAUCUUCCCCAAGUGGGAGUCGGAGACGCUGCAGGUGCUGCUGGAGGCCAACGGCUUCAUCAUGGAGGACACGAUCACGGCGGUGCUGGGCAUGGAGCAGGCGGAGGACGACGCUAAGAAGGCCGGGGAAGGAAGAGCUGUUGCCGCCGCUGCUGCUAGUGAUGGCAAUUGGCCCGUGAAGAACCCACUACCCGAUGACUUUUUAAGGUUGCCGGAUGACGAUGUGGAGGUGGUGGUUGAUAAGUAUCCGACGUCGGAGGACGAGAUUCCGGAGGAUGAGGAGUGUGAGGAGAGUGAGAAGGAGGAAGGCGAGGCGGAGAUGGAGAUGGAGAUGGAGAUGGAGCUGGAGGAGAAGAGCGAGGCGGUGGCCAUGCCCGACGCGGCUUCGGACGAGAUCCGAUCGGACAGGUCGAACAGCACGCUGGCGGAGGACGACGGCACGCUGUACGGCAAGGAGUUCGAUGACGAUAGCGCGUCGACGGACGAGGUUAUCACGCCCGUGCUGGACGACGCAGCGAUGCGCGCCAACCAGAAGAUCGUGGCGGACUCGAUGAACCAGAAGUUCCUCCCCGUGGAGCUGCGUAACGAGCGCUCCAGUAUUUUCGACAUUGCACACAUUGACGUGAUCAAGAAGAGCAAGCUGGAUCUGUCCGAGGCGGAGAAGCGCAUCCGCCACCGCGAGCCGCAUCUCGUGUUCGAGCUGCUCUCCAAGGCGAGCGAGAUUUACCGCAGCGGCGUUAUUUCGAGCCAGGAGCUCGACUAUCUGCGCUCUAUGAUCUUGUCAAGAAUCCAGCCUACAAAGAUGUUGAUGGAUAUGACCAUGAACAUGAACGGAAUGAUAUCGGAUCACGAGUGGCACCUGCUCAUUCUAAAGGCAAAGGGUAUUCGGCACGCCUUGUGCAUACGAAUUUUCCGUGAAGAAAGUAAACCCGCCCGGAAUAGUGGUCACAUGGAGUAUAUUGUGCGUGUCGUAGAUGUUGAAAGUGGUGUCGUCUGGUUUACACGGAAGCGUUUCCGUGAAUUAUACAAGCUCCACCGCAAGUUGAGUCGUUUAUCUGGACAAGUAAGUGAUUGUGUAUUCCCAACUCGUCGUGGCCAUGGCCGGAACUCGCCGAACCAGCUCGCUUACGACCGGGCACCUGUAUUGGAGAACUUUUUGCGUACCACUGCUGCGCUUGUGGCUCCGUCGCCUCUCACGUUUUUACAUGGCGUCGCCCUCAAGCAGCUUCAGCAGUUUUUGGAAGUUCCGCACGUGGGCAUUCUUGAGCGCAACCGCACUCAGCCUAUCUCGCGCGAGCUCCGUGUGUUUGUGUACCAUACCGUGAAUGAUCUCACGUCCCCCGAAGGCAAGGCCUGCCAAAAGUUUCUCACGAAAAUGAAGCAGAAUGGGUUCAGCUCCGGACAGAAUGUGCUGGAUGAAAUGGGCGAUAUCUUGGAUGGUGUUCAGGAGUACAUGCUGGAGCACCGGUUCGAGGAGAUGGAGGUUAUUGUUCAACGUUUGAUGAAGCAGAUUCUAUCGGGCAACGGUGGCAAUCCAGCUAUGGGUCGCCACAGUUCGUUCGUGAGUUUGAUGACGACGGAUGCUGUCAGCAACCAGGACAAGCUGCAGCAGCUUCUGUCGGACGCGAUCCGGCACGAGCUGGAGGACCGCAUCUGCGUUCCGUUGAUGUACGACUUGACGCAGUAUCUACGGCGCCACGUCCAGCACGAGGAGCGUCAGUUCCGCCACCGCGUGUUCCAGUUGAAGGGCAAGCCACAGAGCUACUUCGGUAUCCCGAUGGACAAGAUCUCGCUGAGCAGUUGGCGGUCCGUGGUGGACGUCAUCAAGGAGAUCGACGGUGCGUUCCUGCCGCUGGACAAGAUGCGGAAGCUGGUCGCCACGGCGCACCAGAUCCACGCGCUGUACAAGGCCGAGCGCACCAUGUACCUGAGCGAGCCGCCGCGCCAUCGCCGACGGAACUCCACGCCUAUGGCAGGCUCUUUCAUCCAGUCGCUGACGUCGCCGACACCGAUGAACCGGAUGUUGUCGCCCACCAGCAGCAGCUCCAACAGGUCGUCAAGAGGCAUGAAGGUCGGGGACGAGUCCGAGGCCCCCGCCGAGAUCGCGAUGGACCACCAAGAGCAGAAAGAGGAGGAGGAAGAAGAAGCAGAUGCAGACGAGAGUGAAGCGACUGAAGCUGCAGCUGGAGACACCAAGCCGCAGGAGGAGGACGUGCUGAGCGGAGACGACUUCCUGCCCAUCUUUAUUUAUGUGAUCGUCCACAGCGACCUGGAGGCUCCGAUUCUCACUCAGGUGUUACUGAACCGCCUGUGCGACCCGGAGAAGCGACGCAGCGAGUCCGGCUACUACCUAGCAACCUUCGAGGCCGCGCUGCACCACAUCCUAUCACUCGAACUGCCCGGCGCCAAGGCCGACGGCCUGUAG